AUGGAUCCAAACCCAGAAAAGAAGUGGAAAUGCCUUCAUUGCUCGUUGGCAUUUAAAGGCAAAGGGGACUUUAACCGUCAUCUCGUGACACACGACCCUAACGCAAAAGUAAAAUGCAAGGAUUGUGGGAAGAUUUUGAAGAAUCAUGUCACCUUAUCUGCCCACGUGUCACAUAUGCACACCAACCGGAUCCGACCCUCUUGCAAUAUUUGUAGCGACACGUUUUCGAAUCGUGCCCAUUUACGAAGACACAUUAGCACCGUCCACGCCAAGAAGGAGAGACCUCGUUUACCAUGUCGAUUUCCUGGUUGUGACAAAACCUUCCUGGACAAAGAACAUGUUUUGAGACACGUGAGAACUGAACAUGACGAGAAUGCUGUCCGAUUUCCGUGCACGCUUUGCGGAAAGGAGUUCAAAACCAGAAGUGAACUUGGACAACACAUUCCCACCCACACGACGGAGAAGCCAUUUAAAUGUGCUACUUGUGGGAGGAGUUUCGCCCACAGGGGAGGCCUCAAACGUCACGAGAAGACACAUAUUGAAAAGGCUGGUCGGAAAACCUUCAAAUGCCAACUUUGCCUGCAGACUUUCGUCACUAGAGACGGAUUGCAGGGCCACAUUCGAGUUACUCAUGAAAAUCAGAGGAACCAUCGGUGCACAUUUUGCGAUAAGCGUUUCGGGAGUGCCACAGAUUUGAGGCGUCACGGGGAAGCAAAACACGACACGGAUAAGAAGGUCAAGAUUUAG